CUCAUAGGUCGUGACUCGUGAGCUAACUAACAGCCACGCGCCACGUGACACACUCAAUCCUUUUCACUGCCAUUGCCAUAUAAAUCCCCUCCCUCCCAUUUUCAUGCAUUUCUCUUCCCACUCUAUUCCCCACACCAAGCCAAGACCAGGUAUAUCUUUGUCAUGGCGACAGGACAAUUAUUCUCCCGUAACACACAGGCUUUAUUCUACAACUACAAGCAACUACCCAUCCAGCGGAUGCUUGAUUUUGACUUUCUUUGUGGCAGGGAAACACCAUCAGUUGCUGGAAUAAUUAAUCCUGGUUCUGAGGGAUUUCAGAAGCUCUUUUUUGGUCAACAGGAAAUCGCCAUCCCAGUUCAUUCUACCAUUGAAGCAGCUUGUGCUGCGCAUCCUACUGCUGAUGUGUUCAUCAAUUUUGCAUCAUUUAGAAGUGCCGCAGCAUCAUCCUUGUCUGCUCUGAAGCAGCCAACAAUCAGAGUUGUUGCUAUUAUUGCCGAAGGUGUACCUGAGUUAGACACUAAGCAAUUAAUUGCAUAUGCCCGGGCAAACAACAAGGUUGUUAUUGGCCCAGCCACUGUUGGAGGCAUUCAAGCCGGUGCUUUUAAGAUAGGUGACACAGCUGGAACAAUCGACAAUAUAAUUCAUUGCAAGCUCUACAGGCCUGGAUCUGUCGGAUUUGUUUCUAAAUCUGGUGGUAUGUCCAAUGAAUUGUACAACUCUAUUGCUCGUGUAACUGAUGGAAUUUAUGAAGGCAUUGCUAUCGGAGGAGAUGUUUUUCCGGGUUCCACACUUUCGGAUCAUGUUUUGCGAUUUAACAACAUUCCCCAGGUCAAAAUGAUGGUAGUACUUGGGGAACUUGGUGGGCGUGAUGAGUAUUCUCUUGUGGAAGCCCUAAAAGAAGGGAAAGUAACAAAACCAGUUGUUGCCUGGGUUAGUGGAACCUGUGCAAGACUCUUCAAAUCUGAAGUACAAUUUGGUCAUGCUGGAGCCAAAAGUGGUGGUGAAAUGGAGUCUGCUCAAGCAAAGAAUCAGGCACUAAAGGAAGCUGGAGCUGUUGUUCCCACGUCAUAUGAAUCUUUUGAAGAUGCAAUAAAGGAAACAUAUGACAAGUUGGUUAAAGAAGGGAAUAUCACAGAAGUGAAGGAGUUCACCCCUCCACCUAUCCCUGAGGACCUUAGCAUUGCAAUUAGGAAUGGAAAAGUCCGUGCUCCAACUCAUAUCGUUUCCACCAUCUCUGAUGACAGAGGUGAGGAGCCGUGCUAUGCUGGUGUACCCAUGUCUUCCAUUAUCGAACAGGGUUUUGGUGUGGGUGAUGUUAUCUGUCUUUUGUGGUUCAAACGCAGCCUUCCCCGCUAUUGCACUCAAUUUAUUGAGAUAUGCAUAAUUCUAUGUGCCGACCAUGGUCCUUGUGUUUCUGGUGCUCACAAUGCCAUAGUGACAGCAAGGGCUGGGAAGGACCUUGUCUCUUGUCUUGUAUCAGGGUUGCUUACAAUCGGUCCACGAUUUGGGGGUGCUGUUGAUGAUGCUGCUCGCUACUUCAAGGAUGCUUGUGACAGGAGUCUUACACCUUAUGAGUUUGUAGAAAGUAUGAAGAAGAAAGGCAUUCGUGUGCCAGGAAUAGGGCACAGAAUCAAGAGCAGGGAUAACAAAGAUAAGAGAGUCGAAUUGCUACAGAAGUUUGCUCGCACGCAUUUUCCUUCUGUGAAAUACAUUGAAUAUGCUGUCCAAGUUGAAGACUACACCCUCACCAAGGCAAAUAACUUGGUUCUAAACGUGGAUGGUGCAAUUGGGUCCCUUUUCUUGGACCUUCUUGCUGGUAGUGGAAUGUUCACCAAACAAGAGAUUGAUGAAAUUGUGGAUAUCGGCUAUCUGAAUGGGCUUUUUGUUCUGGCACGCUCCAUUGGUCUGAUUGGGCAUACGUUUGACCAAAAGAGAUUGAAGCAGCCGCUCUACCGCCACCCAUGGGAGGAUGUUCUUUACACAAAGUGAGGGGAUUUAGUUUGACUGAAGAACUUCUCCAUGCAUUAAAUCAGCAAUAUGCUGGGACAUAGUGCAUAAUACUGGAGGGAUAUAUUCUUUUUGGUUUUGUUUUGUGCCGUUAGACUAGUGUUACGGUCUAUUGUUUGCUAGUCAUCUUCCAUUGUAAGUUAUUUAUAUUAAAAUUCCGUUAAGAAAUAAUUUAGUCUAUUUUAAAGUUUUUCUUUUUUCUUUAUUAGAACUUUGAUCCCUGAUCUAAUUGUGGCUUCAAAAAGGAGCAAUCACUAAGUUCGAGCGCAUUAUUUUGUAAUUUGCACCUGUAUGUUUAUGACUUUAUGCUCAAGUAAGAAAGAAUUGUAAUCUUGUAAGUUGCAAUAAAGUUGUUUCUGUGUUGCACGACUGCACGGUGCACCCACAAGUCAAAGCUAGCUUCACCUAUUUUCACGUACAUUUCUUAAUCUACUUUUUAAGCG